UUCCCAUUGCGACCGGCUAAAUCAAUGAACGCGUUCCUGUUCACUUCGAUCAAGCUCGCAAAAUAGAAAGUUUGCUCCGACAACAAUGGAUAAACGUCCGCGAAACAAGAAUAACCUAUAGGCUCUAGGAAGCGCUACAUUGGCUACAGCAUCAUAGAAGCUCUGCUCAUCGGUCCCGACGGGACCAUAGGCACCGACACUGCGUAUGACGACACGCUAUUGUCUUUCGGCCUCUAAACCAGUAGAUACGCUCAGAAAAAACGCAGGCCGUUCUCGCAGAUUCCAGCUCAAGUCGGCCAUCUCACACCGUCCGGAAUUCGGCUACCCUGUGGUCCAGCCAUCGCCCUGGUUUGCUUUGUUGAGGUCUUGCAUUACGCUAUAGCACCACUGACACCAAAAUUUACCGCCCAGCGAGCAUUUGAUUCCGCGUUCACACACGUUACAAGCCAAUAAACCCACAGCCCGGCAAUGAUCCCUCCGUCCGUCCCGUCCGCCGCAUCGUCUGCGUGGCGUUUUCUGUCCGAUCUCGGGUCGUCUGUGGCUCUUCUGCGUUUGCUUCCGCAUGCAGGUCUGUCCAGUGCUUCUCACACUUCUCCCAUUGUCGUCACGGCUCUUGCCGGAAGGUUAUGUACACAUUACAUGUCAUUACGUCUGCAUCGGUGAGAGGGCGAGGAUGGGAUCUUGCUUUCACCGAUACAUCCUGCGUUUACCGCCCGUCCGGGGCAGGGCAGGGCAAAAAAUCUUCCACAGUCAUUUCACACAG